AUGAAAAAACAACAAACAAAUAAUAACAAUAAUAAAAGUGUAAAUAAUAAAAGUAAUAGUGGCAAUGUAAAUAAUAAUAAUAAUAACGAUGUAAAUAAAAAAGUUGAAGAAAUGUAUUUAGAAAAAGAAGAAUUAAGAGAAGAUAUUAUUAUAGAUAAAAGAAAAAUUUUAGAUUUAGAUCAAAGAAAUAAUUUAAAUAUAGAAGCUUUGGAUAAUAUUGUAAAUAUCAAAUCUGAAAAUAAGAAUAAAAAUGGUAAAUUAUGGAUAUAUACAGGUGAUAUUUUUAUUCAAAUGAAAGAAAAUAAUGCAAAGGAAUUAAUAAUUAAAGAAAACGAUGCAAUUGAAUCAGAAAUUGAAUCCCUUCAAAGUGGGUUGGUUGAAAAACAACAAAAUUUAAAAAAGUUAGAAAUGGAUUACCAAUUAGAGAGAAAUAAACUAUUUACAUAA